AUCAGGCCUUCAUCUGAAGAGUGAGAAGAUCUUGAGAGCAUGUUCAUUUUCAUCAAACAUGGAGAUAAUCACCAGUUUCUGGUCAAUACCAAUUGCUCUGUCCUUCUGUUGCCGCAUUACACCCGCAAUAAAGUAGGGUUGCCUAAAACAGACACCAUCGAUGUGUGUGACGAAACGGGGACAACGAAGUUGCUUUUCCUGACGAAGACCCCUGGAGACUAUGCCAGCAAAUUCCUUACUGCUCGAAACACCUACUGUAUUUGUAAGGUGGAGCCUGGAGCACCAGGUAGAGGCUUGGGAGCAUUCCUGAAAGAUAGGGCAGGGCCCUCAAAAUGGAUUGUGAACCUUGACCCUCAACCAGGUCCAAAUUGACCAUCUCCAGUCAGCCUAAGAAAGGGCACCGCCUCUACAACAAUAGGGUAGGUUUAUGCAUAUUAUGCUCCCCCCACCUGAUCCUAGGGUUGGACCUGAGGGGGACGAAAUCAGGAAUAUCAGCUCACAGUAGCAUUGGGGGUUAGGUUCCUGAAAUCUUGGGCUUUGGAAGGGGGGAGACGGGGUGACAGGGGCUGGAGAGAGCACACUGCUGUGUUCACAGGAACCUGACUGGAGAAUGCCCACAGAGCUUUUGUGCCUCUCCUGAAGAAUCCAGAACCCGAGCUAAUUGGUAAGGAGCGCGAUGGAGGAAGGAGGAACAUGGAGAGGACUGUACAUAGCCGGGUGAUAGAGUACAUUCUCUAUAUGGAGUGAGAAUUGUGGAAUGAGGCAGGAUCCUAGGAAAAGGGGACUACGGCCUAGGUCCACUUUAGGAUGGGUGUUUCACUCAAACCGGCUGGAGUGGUGUGUGUCACUCACUCCUACUCCUCACCCCCAUUUCUCGGGCACUGUCUUGAUAUAAUCUCCCUAUCACCACCCCAUCGUUCCCAUCUUUCCCUUUAUCCUUUUCUCUUGGAGUCUCGGUGUCCCAAUUCCCACCGAAAAGAGCAAAACUUAGGCACCUUCAGAUCACUCCUCAGCCUAGCUUUGGGCCCAGUUAUUCCAAGUGAUUGCUGGAAUGAUGGGACGGAUGGGGUGGGUAGGUAAAGGUCUCUGAUCCUCAGAGGUCGGGGUAGGGGUGCCUUUUCCUAGUUCUCAGACACCUUGUGCACACAAUGUGACCUUCUGGAGAGGAGCCAAGUGAGAUUGCUUAGAAGCCCAGAAGCCAAGAAAGUCAUUCCAAUUGAAUCCUCUGUGAACCUCCCAGUAAGACUCCCCAAAUGUAGUCUGUCCCUGCACCCCCCUUUCCUACCACCCAACCCGAGGCUCCUGCCCCCUGUCCCCCACCCCCGGGAUGAAUUUCCUUUCCAAAUCCAAUAUCCAUGCCCAAGACCUCCCUCCAACCUCUCUUGGCCUGCCACGGGCCCUAGUUUGUAGAAAGCUUCCCUGCAGGGGCCUCUUUAUCUACUUAUGGAUCCUUUCCUUUUCCAGUCCAAAUCAAUGGGACGAUCAGAUGAAGAGGGGUCCACUCGCAGGGGUCCGAUCUUUAGGACCAGAGCGGACUUUCUCAGUAGAAGAGAUAAACAUUGCUAACUAAAUAAAGUGCCCAGGUGAGAGCAGUAAUACGAGGUAUGAAAUUACUGGAAUUCAACGUGAGGUCCCUUCUUCAAGAAAGACUCCUUCUCCCAAUAUCUGCACCAAGGCCUAAGUGUGCCCUGGGCACCAUGG